AUGAGAGUGUUAAUUGAAUUAACUACAAAAUCAUCAUCUUCAUCUUCAUCAUCAUCGUCGUCAUUGUCAUCAUCAUCAUUUCAGAAUUCAUCUAAACAUGAUCACCACCCUACACCUUCUUCAUCACUAGUCGAUCCCAAAGGAAAGAAAUUCAUAGAGAUACAUCCCAACCAAUCGAUAUGGAUGCUAAAGACAUUCAUUUUUGGUAGCUUUGGUAUUCCUCCAGCAAGACAACAAGCAUUUGUUAGAGUAGUAGAUGAUUACGAUACAAAAGAAAGAACACAAGCAUAUUUAAAAGAGUUUCAUAAUUAUAGAUUGGUUAAAGAUUACAAGAUAUUUGAUGGAUCAGAGAUUCAAGUUGAAGUGCUCGACAAAGAGAAUCCAACUGAAUUCAUUGUAGCACCAAAAAAGACAAUUAGCAGUGGCAGUGGUAUCGCGCUGUCAAAUAGUCCAAACACAAGUAACAGUGACCUUUCAGUGCAUUUGCAACGUGCAGGUAUACCAUCAUCACCAUCACAACAUCAAAUUAACCCUACACUUCCUACAAGUGGUUCGAACAAGGUACAUGUAUUGACCUCUAAGAAGGUAUCAUGUCCUGCACUUUGUUUUGCACUUGGAAAGGGAUUGUAUCGUGGCAUUUCUGGAUGUAGAUACGAGAUUAAACUAUAUCGUGUCAAUUCAAAGGGAAUGUUGAUCAAUUCCACUUCAAACUCACCUUUUCAAAUAGAAAUCACAAAGAAUAUAUCAUCGGUAGACUCGAGAAUGCCUUUUAGCUAUGAACAAAGAAAGACUGAUUAUUCAUUGUUGAUUCUAUCACCACAAUCCUAUGGUGAUUAUAAUAUUUCAAUUAAAAUUGAUGAAACUCAUAUUUGUGGUAGUCCAUUUCAAUGUACAAUUAUUGAUGAAUUAAAUCCACAAAUUAAAGAAUUGGCAUUUUCAAAUGAAUGGGUAGAAGAAGUAGUAGAACUAAUUACAAUGAUAUCUAAAAAGGAAUCUACAUUGGACAAUUUAUUUUCAUUUGGUAUUGAAGGUUUAAUUAAUUUAUCUGCUUAUCCAGACCCAAAUAUUCAAUUUCAUAUCACUGGUGUCAUUGCAAGAUUAAUGGAAAAAGAUAAAAACAAAGAAAGAAUUCUAAGAGAAUAUGGAAUGGAAAUAUUUUUCAAAAUUGUAUCAUUGGAAACUUGGAUAUCCUUUAUUGAACUAAGAAGAUUCAUUGCUAGUUCUCUUAGUAUAUUAAUAGGAAAUAGGGUAUUUUUAAAUAGAUUUUUUGAUCAAUGUGAUAUCAGUAUCAUAUUGGAAUUGGCACAAUCCGAACAUAUUGAUUGUCUCAGAUAUUGUUCCAUUGUACUCUGCCAACUUUCAGAGAAUUAUGAAUUUUCUGAAAGAGUUUGUGUCGAUGAAAUUAAAGAGAUUUUAAUUACAAUGCUUCAAUCUAAAGAUAGUAUUACAAAAAAGUGUUCACUUCGUGCCAUUUCAAACUUUUCUCUUUCAAUUGACUCUAAAAAGGAAAUUAAUUUGAAAUUGAUUCAAAAUCUUUUGGAUUGUUGUAGAAAUACUAUAGAUAUAUCAACCAAAGUAUUGAUAUAUAAAUCAUUUUCAAAUUUUUGUAGAUAUGAUUCAUUAUGUACUUAUUUAUUAAAUAAUGGAAUAUUGGAUUUAAUAUGUUUAAAUGAUCCAAAUAAUCAUUUUGAAUUGCCAAUGUUUUACCAAUGGGAGUACAACAUUAAGCAAUUAUUUGCAAGUGACCAACAACAAUCCAUAGAAUACUCUGUUCCUUAUACCCAAAUCUUUAAAGACGAAAGUGAUCACACAUUUUUCCUCUCACUCACCAUCUCCAACAUGUUGUACACAUCAAACUCACCAAAAAUCCAUGAAAGAUUUUCAAACAAUAAUGGUUUGGGAUUACUUAAACAAUUUGUAUUAUGUUAUAAUUGCUCUGCAAGAGUUGAAUCAUUUAGAAGUUUUAUGUUAAUUACAAAUUCUCCAAAUGAUAUUUGUAAAAAACAUUUAAUUAAUAAUGGAAUUAUUUCAUUUUUAAUGUCAUCGCUAUUUGAUUCUUCUGGUGUCGAGAAUCCAUUUAUUAUCAAUACCAUUGCAAAUCUAUGUGAAUUUGAUCCAUUCUGUGUUGACACUAUUGGUGCAGAAGGAAUAGAUAAAUUAAUUUCAUUAUUGCACCAGUACAGCCACAGUGGUAGUAACCACCACAACACAUUCGAUUCUCACAAUGGUGAAUCGGGUACUAGUGAAAAAUCGCUUAGUAACAGUGGAGGUAAUAACAAUGCCAUUUUAUUAUCAAUUUCUAUUGUCCUAUCAAAUAUUGCAAGUCUCAAUGACAAAUACAAGACAAAGAUUGUAAAUGGAGGCGGAAAACUAUUUUUACAUCAUCUUAUGGAGUUGGUCAUACAAAAAAAGGUUUCGCUCCUCAAACCAAUUCCAUCUCAAGAUCUCGUAUUGGGUGCAAUACUAGGAAGUGGAGUUAGUGGAAUUGUCUAUCGUUCCACUUGGAAUGAUCAUCCCGUUGCCGUCAAGUCGUUCAACGAGGAAUCGUUGGGAUUCGAAGAAAAACAAUUUCACAUGGAGGCUACCAUCACAAGCAUCUUGAACCACGAAAAUAUAUUGCACUGCGUCGGUGGUAACAGAAACCCAGAAAAGCUAUAUUUAGUGUUUGACUGCAUGUCACGUGGUUCACUAUUUGACAUUAUCCAUUCUAAAGAGAUACCUCUCUCCCACUUUAAGAUUGUACAUAUUUUAUUGCAAACUGCAAAAGGAAUGCAAUAUCUUCAUCAUCUAGGAAUCAUCCAUCGUGAUUUAAAGAGUCGUAAUGUACUCAUUGACAAUGAUUGGAAUGUUAGAAUCUGUGACUUUGGCGUCAGUCGUGUCGUUGACUCUCGUCGUAUGACCAGAGGAGCUGGUACCGCAUGCAACAUGGCCGUCGAAAUUUUAUCCGGCUCCACCGAAUACAAUCUAAAAGCAGACGUCUUUUCAUUUGGCGUACUCAUUUGGGAGUGUGUUUCUCGUCUCGAACCCUAUCACGAUAUGAAUCGUCUCGAUUGGAUCAGAGCCGUAUUAGAGGAUGGCUUUAGACUCUCCAUUCCAAGUUCGUGUCCACAAGAACUUUCACAAUUGACCAAGCAUUGCUGGACUACCAGUCCAGACAGCCGUCCUUCGUUUGACCAGAUCGUCGCCACUUUACAAAGCAUUAAAGACUCUAUGAUCGACAGAGGGACAUUUGAAGACUUUGGACGCAACAACACCCCUUCUCCAAUCUCGGCAUCAUCGUUCCACCUCAACAAGAGAUAUUCUAUCUUUUUGAAUGAAAACAAGGUCAGUAUCGAUCUAUCGUCACAUCCAACCGAGAUUAUGAAAAACCUUGUCCUCGAUGACCAAGAAACAGGUAGUAUGUCAACCUCUUCAUCGCCAACCUUGACCAAGACAUCAUCUCCUCCACCAGGUGGCUUUUCACCAGACAGUAGUCGCGACAACUCUGACAGUAGUCGUGGCAAUAGUCCAACAAACAACAACAACAACAUCAGUAAAAGAUCAGCCACUAGUCCACCCGCCAAUGUGGGAUGGAAAAAGUGGGAAGCCAAACCAAACGACAAGCCAACCUCGAAACGUAUUUCUGCUUUUAGAACCAUUACAAAAGCAGACCUCAAUGCCAUUGCCGAAAUGGAAACCAACAAGAGCGUAACAGAUAGUGAAAGUGUUUCAUCUAGCCCUGAUACAUCGACUGUAACUACAUCAUCACCAAUAUCACCAAGACCAUCAACCACAACAACAACUACUACUACAACACCAAUCCCAAUUCGACACUCCAACGAAGACAACCAAACCCCUUCAAACAGUGGUGGUCACAAUGAAAACAGUGGCAGUACCGAUACCAACAAUUUAAUCAUUUCACCAAACACCUUUUCAUCGAUGCAUUCAAACAUGUCCUCAGAGAUAUCUGGUGUUUUAACGUCAUCAACCAACUCUGUAUCAACCACUUGUGCCGAGUCAUACUCUGAUCCAUAUGGAUUCUCACUUCCCUCAUCUCUCUAUAACCAUAUUCGUGAGCAACAAAGUGUCAGUGGUAGAAGUCAUACCACCUCGAUGGUAGAGUCAACAAAUACAUCGCGUUCCAACUCGUCUCUUUCCAUUAGUGACAAUUACCAUCCAACUUUUAAUGCAGCAGAAUUUGAAGAUUUAUUGAGUCAUGACAAACAACUUCAAUCUCAACAACCACCACCACAAUCUAUAGCUUUACAACCAUCAUCAAACAUUGUAAUAACUCAUACUACCGCCAACACCAACACCAACACCACCAUCUCUCCAAGUAAUAAUAAUAACCGUCAACAACAAUACCAAAGACCAAGUACCAUUUCAGUAUCACCGACAUCAGCAACCUCACCACCAUCACCUUUGCCACCACCCAAAAAGGCAGGUAUCUACUCUCAUCAUCCAAUGAAAGCUCCUGCCGUUCCACCAGUCAUUUCAAAAGCAUCAACUACACCAAAGAAACCAAUCCCCCUCAACAGAACACCACCAACUACAAACUCUAAUACUCAAUAA